GAACUGAGGUUUCAUAAGCGAGUGGGGUUGUUCGUCCUAGUGGAAACAUUGUUGAGUGACCAUUCUAUAAUUAUCAUAUUAGCCAAUAUAACAAAUAGUUUACCUAAAGGAACUGGUGUGUGACUAUUGUACGACACUAUACGCAGAUUAUCAACUUCCAAGAGGAAUUAUUCUGCGAUUACGUUGGAAGUGGUAAACUAUUCUGUAAUUAUCGAACUUACCGCUAUAAAGAAACUCUAUCUAUAAUCAUCACUAAUCCGAAAUUAUUGUACUCGACACUACAAAGAUAAUUUACAUGAACGAAUGAAAUGUGUAUUGUCAUAAACCAUACAACCAUCUUUCCCUUACUCUAGGUGCGGCGUUGAUGCUGGUAACAGUGGUGGGGAUCCCGGCACACAGCCAGCAGGCAUCGGCAGCAUCCUUCCGCCUGGUCACCGCUUACACGUUAAACCGAACUGAUGACUCCACUCAAACAUUUCUCAGAGUGGGGACCUCUCCCUCCACCCGGUCCCUUACCUUGGCUCUGCAGACUGACCUGACUAACUGUGGAUGCAAUGUCACCGGGAAUUACUCAGGUCGCGUCCUCCAGGUGACAGGUGGCUACACAGGUGAUGCGCUCAAAGUCGUGGCGCAGAGGUACCAGCAUGUGGGGGGCGUUGGAUCAGCUGAGGAGUUGGUGAGCGUAGCGUGGCACCCCGAGGAAGAGAGCGAGACGCAGCCGGAACCGAGGCAGGACGGGGCGUGGUGGUGCGCACUCAGUUCUCUGAAUCCAUCUUUGGCGUAUCUGUGGACUCACUGAUGCCGGGGAAGCGUCGGCGUCUCCUGAACCUCACCGUCACGCCACACACUGGAAAACACUGGCAGGUGAGCCUACAUGUGCCAAUUAUCUCUACAGCCCUCGAGUGGGAGACGAAGCUCUGGAAAAAUCAGGGCAAGCAACAUUGGGAAGUUAAUGGGGAAGUCAAGUCUACCAAAUCUGACAUAUCGUUAGAAUUCGUUCACUUCAAGCAGGAGAAGCAGGACGAGGAGACUCAGGUCACGGAUGACAGAGGUGAGGCUGGCAGGUGUGAUGCUGAAGGUUGUGGGGACGGCAAUGUCAAGGAGCCAAAAGCCAAGUCGCGGCACCACGUCGACAGUGAUUGCGACUCAGAUUUAAGAAAAGAACAGACAGUAGACCAGAAUGAAGUUUGUAGUGGUCGAGAUCCUAAAUCAGAAGACUUAAAGCAAAAUGAUCCUGAUUCCAUAAUGGUAAAUGUAGACGAAGAAUGUUCCAGGAAAGCGGAGUGUGAUGGACCGGAAGAGUCAGUGUCAAGUGAAGCUGUUCAAGAGACUACACAAAAAUUAACUUCCCGGGUUUUCAGCCUUUCUUCCAACAUGAAGACUUACGUCUCAUCUGACGGAGGACGCUGGAUUCGGAUCCUGCAGCGCACACACCUGGCAUUCUGUCCUCGCCUUGGCUGGAACUUGAACCGUGCGGCGUUGAUGCUGGUAACAGUGGUGGGGAUCCCGGCACACAGCCAGCAGGCAUCGGCAGCAUCCUUCCGCCUGGUCACCGCUUACACGUUAAACCGAACUGAUGACUCCACUCAAACAUUUCUCAGAGUGGGGACCUCUCCCUCCACCCGGUCCCUUACCUUGGCUGUGCAGACUGACCUGACUAACUGUGGAUGCAAUGUCACCGGGAAUUACUCAGGUCGCGUCCUCCAGGUGACAGGUGGCUACACAGGUGAUGCGCUCAAAGUCGUGGCGCAGAGGUACCAGCAUGUGGGGGGCGUUGGAUCAGCUGAGGAGUUGGUGAGCGUAGCGUGGCACCCCGAGGAAGAGAUGCUGUUCAUGGCGGCUCCCAGGACCACCCUCAGCCUGGCCAGCGGGCAUGAGGGCCAGGCGGGGCAGUGGUGGCGGCUGUGGUUGAGAGGCGGUGAGGAAGAGCGCGGCAAGGCCUCCAGUGGUGACCCCGCGCCGCCUCAGCUUGACCAAGAGCGAGACGCAGCCGGAACCGAGGCAGGACGGGGCGUGGUGGUGCGCACUCAGUUCUCUGAAUCCAUCUUUGGCGUAUCUUUGGACUCGCUGAUGCCGGGGAAGCGUCGGCGUCUCCUGAACCUCACCGUCACGCCACACACUGGAGAACACUGGCAGGUGAGCCUACAUGUGCCAAUUAUCUCUACAGCCCUCGAGUGGGAGACGAAGCUCUGGAAAAAUCAGGGCAAGCAACAUUGGGAAGUUAAUGGGGAAGUCAAGUCUACCAAAUCUGACAUAUCGUUAGAAUUCGUUCACUUCAAGCAGGAGAAGCAGGACGAGGAGACUCAGGUCACGGAUGACAGAGGUGAGGCUGGCAGGUGUGAUGCUGAAGGUUGUGGGGACGGCAAUGUCAAGGAGCCAAAAGCCAAGUCGCGGCACCACGUCGACAGUGAUUGCGACUCAGAUUUAAGAUAAGAACAG